AUGGGACUAGUCGAAAUCGAAUCCAAAGAGCAGUUCACAACUCUCACCUCUGCAAAAGAUAAGCUCAUUGCACUUUAUUUCCACACACCAUGGGCAUCCCCUUGCAUUCAGAUGAAUAAAGUUGUUUCCACUUUGGCAGACUCCGCCCAAAACCAAAGUACGGGUUUCAUAUCCGUGAACGCCGACAAAUUCCCUGAAAUUUCGGACUUGUUCGACAUUUCCGCCGUUCCAUACUUUGUUUUGGUGAAAAAUGGAACAAUUCUUAAAGAACUAAGUGGCGCCGAUCCAAAAGAACUUGCCAGUGCACUUGAACAAUUCGGAUCGGCUCCAGCUGCAAACUCCACAGCCACAUCAGCCGCUUCCGAAGCUGCAAAAGAACCAACUACGCCACAAAAGAACGCAAUUGAGUCGGUCAAAGUGCCCGAGAAAGAAACUCCAGAACAGCUUAAUGCUAGACUCAAGAAGUUGACAACUGCUGCUCCAAUCAUGCUAUUCAUGAAGGGAACACCUUCUGCUCCAAAGUGCGGAUUCUCCAGACAGCUUAUCGCCAUUCUUAGAGAGCAUCAAGUCAGAUUUGGUUUCUUCGAUAUUCUCAAAGACGAUACUGUCAGACAAGGCCUCAAGAAGUUCAGUGAUUGGCCAACUUUCCCUCAGCUUUACAUCAAUGGCGACUUCCAGGGCGGCUUGGAUAUCAUAAAGGAGAAUCUCAGUGAUGAUGAUCAUUACUUUGAGAACACCGUCAAGCAGGCUGCCUCGAAUUAG